AUGGACGCCAAUACUGAUGGGAGCACCGAUGCUUCUUCCAUCAAACCAGUGUCCUCCCUCCGGAGUCACUUUGAGAACAUGCUUGGGUCUAAUAACAAGCCGUCCGCCCCGCCUACACCAAGAGUUCCUACGCCUAAGACCCCCGAACGAUUGGGUGUACCAGAAAACCCGAGAAGAGCUGAUGGGAGAAUAUCGCUAGAUAUCCCAAGGGAGACCUCGGGAGCGGUGUCGACCUCGAAUCUAACGGAAGGAGGUGCAAAUGGUUCAACUACGCCGCGGGGACGAGCUGAUUUACGCCCACCCUGGGUUACUCCCAAAGCAAGGCCUUCCUCGAUGAUGAGCUUCGGAGCAGCACGGUCGCAAACCAGGUCACCUCCCAAGUUGACGAUACAUUCGCCGCGCUCUCCGCCAAAGUCUGCUGAGCGGCCCAUUCAUUCCCCUCUACCCUCGCGGGCUUAUUCGCAUGCUGUCCUGGAUUCUCCAGCUGUCCAAAGCCCCAGCAUCAUCCUGGGAAAGCCGUUCGUUCCUAGUAGAAACGGAACGCCUUCCUCUGAGUCGAGACAGGCUCCCCCCAUACCAGUUGCUUCGAAGCCUUCACCGCAUGGAGAUCCGGACAAAAAUACGACAUCCGUUGCUCCCACAUCACCCAUACCUCCACCGGUAAAUCGCGCAGGAAAGCCGAAGAUAUCGGGUACCACGAAAGUAAACCCACCGGACUCUCCUAUCCGAAAAUCGUUACCGCCAGACUCCCGUACCGAAGCCUCGGAUAUCGGCGUUUCGCCAUUCGAUACGCCUCCUAGCCGUGGAACAGGCAGCGUAAGGGGGAGUAUGUCACCUCGAAACAUAGCAGAGACCGAAAUGGGCGCGACCCAGAGAAUCAGCUCAAGAGAUAGCUACCUUCCUCCUCGCCCAAACUCCCGUGCCGUUGCCGAGAGGACAAUGGCUCUAGAUUCUCGCCUCGGCUUCCAACCACAGAAAAGGUCACAAGUGACAUUGAACAGAGGGCACAGCGACCUAGCGGAAGAUAAGCCCGGCCUUCCUCCAAGAAGAGACGAGGGUUGGUUAAGGAAGAGUAUGGUGUUGCCGAGAGCUGCUCCGAUUGAGCCGCCCGUGAGACAUUCGAUGGAUACCGUACGACCUCCGCUGUCAGUGUCAGAGACAAACAACCGAUUCAAGCCACCUCCGAGGCGAACGCAAACUUUGGAUUUGCCAGAGAGGACCAGCGCCCGCUCUCUGGAACCCCCGAGACCACCCCCGCCGCGUAACUCUGGAGAGAUGAAACGACCGUCGCAUUCGAAUAUCAAGGCUUCUCCACGUAGUUCCGGAGAAUUUCCACGACCGACAACGAGGACUCCUCCACGAAGCUCCGGAGAGACGGGCAGCCAGAAGAUUCAAUCCGCACGUACCUCUGGAGAUCUGAGGACCUAUGAUUCCGACGAUGCAGACGUCCCUCUUGACAAGUCCGCACCAAUAUUGACCGAUUACCCUGAUUCAUCUGAAGCAAACCGCAGACCACCAAUCUUCAGGGAAGGCCCGCGAGAGAUCCCCACCAAGUAUGACACGAAACUUUUUGCCAUUUGCGGAGAGUACAUAUGCACAAGUGGCUACGUGACCAGGGUAUGGAGCCUUCUGAACGGAGAGAUGCUGAUGAGCCUAAGUCAUGGGGAUACCGUCAAAGCUACAGCAAUAUGUUUCAGACCCGCCACCGAUGUCGAGAACGAAGGGAAACGACUAUGGGUUGGCACAAAUCUUGGCGAGAUGCACGAAAUCGAUAUUCCAACACAAAGCGUAGUAUACACAAAAUCCAAGGCGCACCGGUCGCCCCUUACCAAGAUAUUCCGGUAUGCAUCGGAGAUGUGGUCACUGGAUGAGGAGGGUGUGUUACAUAUCUGGCAACCCGACGAAAGCGGAUCGCCAACUCUGCACCCAACUCCCUUCACGUAUCGUGUGCCUAGGGGGCAUUCGUUCUCGAUGAUUGCUGGGUCUCAGCUCUGGGUUGCUUACGGCAAGGAGAUCCGAGUUUAUCAACGCAGCAGUGAUAAUAGGUUCUUCCAAGAGGCGACGACAAAUGCACUGUCGCAACCCAAUGCUGGCGACGUCACGUCGGGGGCGAUUCUCAGCAGCCAACCCGAUCGCAUAUACUUUGGCCACGUUGACGGUAAGGUCUCGAUUUAUGCCAAGAGGGGGUUCGCAUGCCUCGGUGUGGUUAAUGUCAGUCUAUACAAGAUCAGCUCGUUGGUGGGCGUUGGAGACUACAUCUGGGCUGGCUACAUCACUGGAAUGAUAUACGUAUACGACACGAGGAGUACGCCUUGGAAAGUCAUGAAAGACUGGAAGGGGCACGAGAAUUCCAUCGCAGGCAUUCUAGCGGACCGGACCAGCAUGUGGAAGCUGAACAGGCUGCAGGUUGCCUCGUUGGGCACAGACAAUAUGUUGUGCAUAUGGGAUGGGAUGUUGAGGGAUGACUGGCUGGAGACGCAGAUGCACCAGAAAGACGUCGAGUAUUGUGAUUUUAGGGAAAUCUCGGCAACCGUCAUGACGUGGAACGCCGGUGCAGCGAAACCAAAGGCACUAAGACACGAUAACCAGGACGAGAACUUCUUCCGGGACUUGCUACAGCCUCAGGACCCUUCGGACGUCUUGGUUUUCGGUUUUCAAGAGCUUGUUGACCUGGAAGACAAGAAAGUCACUGCCAAGAGCUUCUUCAAGAAGAAGAAGAAGAACGCCACGAGUCCCCAUGAGCACAUGAGCCACCAGUAUCGAGCAUGGCGGGACUAUCUCCAACGCAUCAUCUCAGAAUACCUUCCCAGCGAGCGAUAUACCUUGCUGCACACGGCGGAGCUUGUUGGCCUCUUCACGUGCAUCUUCGUCAAGGACUCGGAAAUGUCCAGGAUACGAGACGUCUCGGCCGCUCAAGUGAAACUGGGGAUGGGCGGUCUGCAUGGAAACAAGGGCGCCCUCAUCGUGCGCUUUUUCAUGGACGACUCGUCGGUUUGCUUCAUCAACUGUCAUCUGGCGGCAGGGCAAACGCAGACGAUGCACCGGAACAACGACGUCGCCACAAUCAUGGAGGCAUCUGCCUUACCUCCCAACCGCUCGCCUUCCGACUGUGCUGCCUUCUUCGUGGGCGGCGGAGAUGGCUCGAUGAUCCUCGAUCACGAAAUCUGCAUCCUGAACGGCGAUCUGAACUACCGCAUUGACGCCAUGCCACGCAACACGGUCAUCGACGCCGUCAACCAAGGGAACCUGAAGAAGCUGCUUGAACGGGAUCAGCUGCUCGUGAGCAAGAAGCGGAAUCCCGGGUUCCGACUUCGAGCCUUUCAUGAGGCGCCCAUCACCUUUGCGCCUACGUACAAAUACGAUGUGGGGACCGACACGUACGACACUUCGGAGAAGAAGCGCUCUCCUGCGUGGUGCGACCGCCUGCUGUACAGGGGCGUGGGUAGGAUCAAACAAAUCGAUUACCGCAGGCACGAUGGCGUGAGGGUUUCGGAUCACAGGCCAGUCUCUGGCAGGUUCAAGAUCAGGGUCAAGACUAUUAAUACGAAGAGGCAGAUGGCGACGAGGGAGAGGUGUGAGGCCGAGUUUGAGCAGGUCAAGCAGAGGGUUGCGAAGGAUAUCAAGCAUGACUACCUCUGCAAUGUGUUCGGUCUGAGUCCUAAAGAAGCCGAACAGUUGCUCAAGAAGGGAUAG